ACCACCAACCACUCCUCUCACCAUACCGUAUCGCUUUGGAGAGAUACAGCCAGACAGACAGAGAAGCAAAGGUACCAAACUCGGCCAAAUAAAACCCCGGACUCUUCUCUCUUUUCUAUUUUGCCCUUCAUUUCCUUCCUGGACAUUUACAAUCGCUUGAUCUGUGUGUGUGUUUUUCAGUUGGGCAAAAUAUCCCCUUCCCUUUCCUUGCUUACAUCAGGGAUCUUCGCUAUACAGACAGAUUGAUCGUAUAGGCAUUGUAAGGAUACCCCCACUGGGCUUUUCAUAGUGAUUGCUUCCAUUCAGGACGUUUCUUUUGCGCCUACUGGAGUUGUGCCCUGUCUUUUGCCUUGUUUCUUCCUCUCUGCCAAUUCCCGUCUGGCCCAUAACUAAGUGACAUGCAUGCUGCUAAGGUGUACAAGAACAACCCGAGCGCGGGCUACAACAACGGCUCGAACAAUUCUCAGCUGAGGAACCAUCUGCUGAGCACUGACUAUGGUGAUAUCGACGUGACGAAGGAGACGCCGAUUAAUGGGCCAGGAGGUGGUGCACAAUGGGUUCAACAACCUCAGCCUCAGCGUUAUCAACAACCGUAUCAACAGCAACAACAACAACAACAACAACAACGGCAGCAGUACUAUCCACCGAAUCAGUCUUAUCAGGCCGAUCCAUACGCACCGUACGUGCCACCUAAUCACCAAUUCCAACAACCGAUGAUGAGACCGCCGGUGAUGGGGGGUUCAAGGAGGUCAUCAUUGGCCAGUAACAACAGUAGUACGACUUUGAACAAUUUCCUACGAUUGGGGAAGAAGAAAGGUAGCGGUGGUGGGAAAGGAGGCUUUGAUGACGAGGAAGAGGAUGGUGGUAAGGACUUUGUUUCCGACCCUGCUGCACAGGUUUAUUCGUUUGAAGACUUGAGCUCUAUCGCAGAUCGUGGCCGCUAUGGUGCCCAGGCACAUUACCAGGAUACCGCACCUAUCAUCCCUACGCUGGCUUCUCCUUCUAUGAGGCCAUCCGGGAACAUAUCGAACACACAGUACAGAAAGCAGAUGACUGCUAUGAAGAAGCAAGUGUUCAAUCAGGCUGGUAAGCCACCAAGGGGGAUGAAUGGAAUGCCACCAAUGGACCCGAGAUCGAUGUCCAUGCAGACGAUGCGUAAUCCUUAUAAUCCUCAGGAUCCAAGAUUGGGAUCUUUCACUGGACAGCAAGGAGGUCCACCGCCACCCGGAUUCAUGAAUAAUCCAAGGGCAAACUCGAUGUCCAACGUUCCUCAACAACAGUUUGAAUCUAAUGGCAGAGCUUACUCUUUACAGACGAGUAAUCCGUAUCAACAGCAAAAGCAAAUUCAAAAGCAACCACAACAGCGGAGAGGUUAUCCACCUCAACAAAUGCAACCAAUUCCUCAGAGGGGUCCAUAUCAGCAGAAUAAUAAUCAUUCCCAAGUAUCGCUGUCUCAACAGCAGCAACAGCAGCAGCAACAGCAACAGCAACAGAUGACGUAUCCAGGAAGGAGAAUAUCAGUACCUAAAAUUCCAUCUCCUUUAAAGGAUGGUUCUGCUGAUACAAGUCGACAACUGCAACGAGAUGAAAGCUUUUAUGACCAACCAGCUACACAGAACUAUGAGAGGGAAACUAACGAAUUGUUGCCUAAGUCGGCUCACUCAAACCAUCAUUUUCUAGCUGACAAUGUUGUCAACAGUGAGGAUAACUCGUUUGACAAUUCAAACCACUCAGAAGCUCUUCCAAAUGACGAAUCGACACCCACAUCUGAGCGAAAUGGCGAUGUUACUAUUGACUCACAGGAAUCGCCUUCAAAAUUACCACGCUCAAAGGGUUUACCAAGACUCAGUUUAUUGAGUAUGAAAGACGACGAUGAUGAUAUAUAUGACGACAAUACUUUGAAAUACCAAUCCCGUCCACUUGAACCUGUUCAGGAGAAGUCUGCCGUGGAGCACUUCAGCAACGAACCAUUAGCUCAGUCAACUCAGCAGAGAAAACCAGAUCAUCAAGGACAUUCCAAGGGUGUAUCUCUUUCAUCAAUGAGUGCAUUCUCAACAACUUCCGAUUAUAACCCAGAGCUCACUAACUCUAGGAAACUGUAUCAACUGUCUGGUGGUUCUCACUCCAACGACGUCUUUGUCACUGCGUCACAGUUUAAUUUCACCCCAUCUCCAGAUGUGCAUGAUAGAACUGAAACUGGCAAUGACUUCCAGGAGAAACAGCGCCACUCGUCGAUAUCGUCUUCUCAUUCUAUGGGAUCUUUGAAGAAUGCUUUGAAAUCACCAAAGUUUUUGAGAAAUUGGUCGAAGAAGAAGGCUCCAAAACACAGCAUUGAUGAGACCGCAGACUCCCAUGAUGAUGCAAGUAUACACACUGUAAGCCAUGGCAAAACAUUGACUCGUGAUGCUAAUGUUGAAACUCUUCCUGUUAUGGAAAGUAGAGAUGUCAGUACUGGUCUUGACAAUGCGCCAAACAUUACAACUGAAUCAAAAAAGAUGGAGCUUACUGUUGAUCAAUUAGGUGUUAUGCAGGAGAGUACAUAUCUAAUCAGGGAGUUGAAUCUGGUAUCAAGUGAACUUGCUGCAUCUGUUAAGAGAGAGAUUGCACUAGAGGAAAAGCUCAAUGGCGUCUCCAGUGUAUCCAAUUCAUCAGUAUUGAAGGAGCAAGACUAUGCGAUCGAAAUUGCCAGAUUGGUUCAAGAAAUGAAUAAUGAACGUCAAAAGAGGUUUAUCGCAGAAGAGCACGUGCUACUAAUGGAGAAUGGAACAAAGCCUUCGAUGUUGGAGUUAAGUUAUGAGAAUGAAAAGUUGAAAUCCCAAAUCAGCAUGAAGGAUGAGUUGAUUGCCAAACAGUCUGCCGAGAUUGAACAGUUAGCAAAGGACGAACCUGAUUUGAGACACCAGUUGGACAUCUUGACCAAGAAGAAUAAAGAAUUGGAGUCCAUUACUAUUCCCAAACUCAAGAACGAGAUUGAAGUUUUGUCGUACGAGAACAAGAAGGUUACCAUUUUGAGUGAAAAGGUUAAGAUCUUGAGAAACGAAAAGCUUCAGCUCGAAAAGAUGUGUUCCUCCAAGCCGGAUAGUGGUAGCUUCAACUCUGCUACGAAGAAUUUCUCUGCGGACUCUCUUUAUCAAUCUGCAGAGACCACUCCAGUCAAAGCUGAUGGAACUCAUCCAUCCCGAAACUCACCAUUGAAACCACCAACCAGUCCAUUCAGGAAUAUGCAUAGACCCCCAUCGUUCAAUCUUAUAAACGUCACUGCGUCUACAAAGGACUAAAGGUGGCUGAUUAAUAUACGUGAUAUAAUUUUGAUGAUCUUGGUUGUGCCAGUAUGAUGCGAGGACCACAUGUUCACUAACGCUUUCCCUUCAUUACUCAAAUAAUGCUCGGUGCUACGUUGUGACGUAUGAACCCCUUUGAAACGUUGCGUUUUGACGUGAACUCUGGCACUGUGCAGUUAUUGACAACGAGGGUACAGUUUUAUCCUGUAGCAUACGUUGAUGAGCAUCACAUCUCAUGUGAAAGUAUAGUUACUGCACAAUGUAUAAAGAGGAGAAACAUUAGCAAGAGCCCGAUCUUAUGAAGAGAACGUAUAUGCUGUUACAGAGUUACUAGCUUAAAUAACUAACACAAGGUCGAUAAGUCAAUGUAGCCCCAUUGAGGUUUAAAUGUUUAAUAGGUGAUGUAUACAAUGAAAGUAGCAGAUGAGAGUUGUAAGAAGACAAG